UUCGAAAUCGCUCGCCAGGACUCGUCGCUGCAGCUUUAUUUGUUCCCGAAUCCAGCAAAAGACAAGUCUAAGACGUUGAGUUCGGAGAAUAAGAAAAAAAAUAAAAAAACAAUAAAAAAAAUACAAACAAAUUAUUAUAAUUGUCGUAUAUCAUGGCACGCAAAAGUGGAAAUAAAGCCUCGGUACUGUACGACGCUCUGAACAAUGUAGCUAUGGCUUCCGAGCAGCAGCUGAAUAAUGAUCAGUUAAUGGAAAAGGUUGCCAAAGUUCGUGAAGUUUUCCCGUCUAAAAGCAAGCACGACGUCAUAUUAGUUCUUCAGUAUUAUGAAUUUGAUGAAAAUUUAGCUAUUAGUGCCUUUACGGAGGAUGGAGCUGCGCAGGCAUUGAAUGAAUGGAGUGUUACUAGUAACAAUAAGUCAAAGACUAAUAGCAAAAAUAAGAAGAAAAAUAAAAAAAAGAAUAAGAAGGAAGCAGUCUCUCGCGAGAACCUGCAGUCCAACGAAGUGCCGGCUGGCAAGGAGAACGUCUCGACGGAUCUGCAGGCCGAGGUCACUACAUCGUUGGAACGGCAGCCGGAGGANUAA